CAUUGUGUCAGCUGUCGCUUCCGGUUGCGGCGAAAACGAGCGGAGAAGUAGAAAACGAGCGGAGAAGUAGAAAACGAGCGGAGAAGUAGAAAAAGAGCGCAAAGACUAGGAUUUACAGGAAUGGACAGUGUAGCCCCGCCCCCUGAGGUCUCGCUCACCAGACGCCGUGUUUUUUAGCGCUGUUUCCACGACGCGUGACCGUGAAUUAACCAUGUUGUUUGUUUUGCUCCGAGCUCGUGUUCAUGUCUUGUUUUUUAAGCUCAAGCCAACAUCGCGUUGAGUUGAACUCGUUUCUCCCGCAAAAUAACACUUUUUAAAAAACACCUCAUUGUUGAAGAGACAAGAAGAAAGUGUUUGUUUUGUUUUUGUGGGAAUGAACGGUCAGGACUGGAACUUUGUGUCUGAGCAGAAACGGGGAAACUAGGGAACAACAUGGAUGAAAUGAGGACUUCGAUACUCGGUGAAUAACACCGUCAGCUUUUGCUUUUCCUGUUAUUUUACUCAGUUCUUCAACUCAACAGUUUAAAACCACAGUUUCAGCUUUCACCAGAUGACUUUGAAGAUAUUUAAUGGCUUUUAAGAUCUGUCAUCUAGCCGCAGACGUUAGGAUUCUCAAGCAGUGUGUUGCUGAGGAGCUCUCCUACCUCACAAGGAGCAGAGAACACAGAAGAACAAAUAGUGAACGAUGAACAGCCGCUCUCUCAGGGAGCUCUUCUGCCUGUUCUGCUGCCCGCCUUUCCCCAGCAGCAUCGCAGCCAAGCUGGCCUUCCUGCCCCCUGAGCCCACAUACGCCUUCUUCCCUGACCCAGACGCUGGCCCCGCUUCAGCAAUAACAAAGGCGCCGUCGAGUCAGUGGAGGCAAAGUGGGAGUGCCAGUGCCAGUGGCAGUGGGAGUGGCAGUGGGAGUGGGGGUGCUGGUGUAGCAGAGGAGAAAUGGAAGCUUCACCUGAAGGAGCCAGAGCACCAAGACUUCCAGUACUCGCUGAGAGAGGUGGACACGACAGAGGUGUUCUUCACUCGCUCCAGCCGAGGGAACAGAGUCGGCUGCAUGUACAUUCGUUGUGUCCCUAAUCCAAGAUAUACGCUGCUGUUCUCUCACGGUAAUGCCGUGGACCUGGGCCAGAUGAAGAAUUAUUGCAUUGCCCUCGGCACUCGCAUCAACUGCAACAUCUUCUCCUACGACUAUUCGGGCUACGGUGUCAGUACUGGCGAGCCCAGUGAGAAGAACCUGUAUGCAGACAUAGAUGCUGCCUGGCACGCCCUGCGCGCACGGUACGGCAUCAGCCCAGAGAACAUAAUCUUAUAUGGUCAGAGCAUCGGAACAGUUCCCACCGUAGACCUGGCGUCGCGGUACGAGUGUGCUGCAGUUGUUCUUCACUCACCUCUGACAUCUGGCAUGAGAGUGGCCUUUCCCGACACAAAGAAAACCUACUGCUUUGAUGUUUUUCUCAACAUCGAGAAAGUGUCCAAAAUCACGUCUCCGGUGCUCAUCAUCCACGGCACACAAGACAAGGUGAUUGACUUCUCGCACGGUGUGGCCCUGUUCGAGCGCUGCCCCAAGGCUGUGGAGCCGCUCUGGGUGGAGGGAGCGGGACAUAACGACGUGGAAAUCUACAGCCAGUAUCUGGAGAGACUUCGCCACUUCAUAGGACAAGAGUUGGGGACGCAACACAUCUGACCAUCACUACCACGGUCAUCGUUACUCUUUCUACACCUCACGUCCUUUAAUCCAUGACACGUGGAGGAGGUGUGAGGCUUCACAUACAGUGUUCAUACUCACAAUGCCGUUCAGGAACAUGUCAGCAGAGUCUUUGAACAGUACAGCUGCCAUGUGUUCGAGGCAGUAGAUGUACUGCUGUACUGUGCAAUAACAACGACAGCUUUACUUGAAUUUUAAUUAAAAAAAGAGAUAACUGAUCAAGUCUUCUAGUGUUGAAGUGGUUAGCAUUGUUGCCUCACAGCAAGAGGGGUCACCGUUUCAGAUCCCGAUUCAACUGAGGGCCUUUCUGUGUAGAGUUUGCAUGUUCUCCCCGUGUGUGCGCGGGUUCUUUCUGGGUUCUUCGGUUUCCGACCACAGUCCAAAGACAUGCAGAGGUUAACUGGACACUAAACUGACUGCAGGUGUGAAUGUGAGAGUGAAUGGCUGGUGACCCGUCCAGGGCGUGGCCCGUCCAGGGCGUGACCCGCUGUGUCGCCUGCAUUUUCCUCUCUCCAUGCUUUCAAGUGUGUUGAUGGAUAUUUCUGGUUUUCUUAUUUUGUUGUUUUUCUUAUUCAGUCAUAGCAAUAAUUAAUAACAAUAACUAUGAUAAUAAAGCUAACGUAUCUCACAGCUUUUUAGUAGAGGUACAUUUUAAGAAGAAACAUGAAAUAUGACGCUGUGUGUCACCUGGCACGCUCUUUAAACUCGGGGUUAAAAGAUUUAGGUCCGGGUCGUACUUUACGCGUUCACUUUAUGCAUUUAGCGUAGCAUUCAUGCUUAAAGGUCCAAAUGUAGGUGAUUCUUUUUUUUGUGCAUAGUUAAUUACCUGGUUGUAUGAAUAGCCUUUUAUAUUUAUAUCAGCGCAGCUCGACAGGUGAAGCCAUUUUGGUCUUCUGUGUUUAUACAGUAGCCCACAACGGACAAACUAAACAUGUUUUAAUGCUAACUGAAGGCUACAUUAGAAGUUUCCUUGUUUUUUUGUGUUGUUUGGUGAGUGCUAAGUUGUUCAUGUGUGGACUUCCUAGUAUAACAUUAAGAAAGGUUCCAUGGUUAAGAGAGCGCCACCCCACCAACUGCACUAGAAAGACAUUUCCAUCAUGUGGGCGUGGACAGAAUGACCCCGCCCUUGUGCUCAAUCCUAUUCCUCAUUUUUACCCCUAGCUUUAAAGCAAAUCUACCCCCUGGAAGUAGUGUAGUUGCACAACAUGCUAACGUAGCUGAAGGGCAAAGUUAGCACUUACACUUAAACUUACCUGUUUACCUCAACAACAGUCCUGAUACACCAGGUGCAAAACUUGUUGGGCAAGGGGUAAAAUGUCGGUGUUUAGAGACUGAAGAAGGACAACAUGUUGUUGUUUGAUUAAACUUUCUGUGUUUCUAGACACGCUUGAUGCAUUUUGACAGGUAAUCAGAGUGACUUUUGAUUUUAUUGUACUAAAGUUUUUGCUCAGGUAAACCACUUUGUGAUGUGUGUGUGUGUGUGUGUGUGUGUCCUUUUGAGCAAAUAUCUCUGAAAUGAAAUGCAUCUGUUUCUAUUAACCAUUCCAUUUUAGAAGGAAGCAAAGUCAGAUCCUUAAAAUGAGGGCCGGACCAGCGCUUCAGUCUGUUUCAGCUUUAACUUUUCUGUGGUGGAACAUGUUUGUAUUGCAGUGACAAAGAAAGAAUGAAGAGGCCUUAAUCGCCUCCAUUUUUGUGAGUUA